AUGAAUAAAAAUUCGUCGGAAAAAACCGUCUUAAUCACGGGCGCCUCUCGUGGAAUCGGAAAGGAAAUCGCAUUGAAACUAGCGAAAGACGGAGCAAAUAUUGUUGUAGCGGCGAAGACAGCGACCGCCCAUCCAAAACUUCCAGGAACAAUCUAUUCAGCAGCCGAAGAGAUUGAGAAGGCCGGUGGAAAGGCUCUCCCAUGUAUUGUCGAUGUUCGUGAUGAGGUUUCAGUCAAGGCGUCCGUCGAUGCAGCUGUGAAGAAAUUCGGCGGAAUCGAUAUUCUCAUCAACAACGCCUCUGCCAUCUCACUCACCGAUACAGAAUCCACCGAAAUGAAACGAUACGAUUUGAUGCAUUCAAUCAAUACACGUGGCACAUAUCUGAUGACGAAGACGUGUCUUCCUUAUCUGAAGUCUGGAAAGAAUCCACAUGUGUUGAAUAUCUCACCGCCGCUUCUCAUGGAAACACGCUGGUUCGCUAACCAUGUGGCGUACACUAUGGCGAAAUAUGGAAUGUCAAUGUGUGUGUUGGGACAUCAUGAAGAGUUCAGACCACAUGGAAUCGCUGUGAACGCUCUCUGGCCACUUACCGCUAUUUGGACAUCCGCAAUGGAGAUGCUUUCGGAGAAAGGAGGCGAGGCGGGAAGUCGGAAACCAGCUAUCAUGGCCGAUGCAGCCUAUGCAGUUUUGUCGAAAAAUUCUAAAGAUUUUACUGGAAACUUCUUGAUCGAUGAGGAUGUGUUGAAGGCGGAAGGUAUCACUGACUUCGAUAGAUACGCCUGUAUCCCAGAUGCGCCAUUGAUGCCUGACUUCUUCAUUCCAUCUGGAACAUACGACCACAAAUUUGGUCUAGGAGCCGGAAUUGGGAAGAAGAAAAAGGUUGCUCAUGAGGCUGGAGUCAUCGAGGAGGAGAUCAAGCAGAUCUUUGUGUCCGCUAAACGACUUUUAAAUGGAGAUAUUGUGAAGAAGACUGGAUUCGUUUAUGAGUUCAUUUUGAAAGAUCCCGUCACAAAAACAGAGCGAUUCAUCACACUGGAUCUCAAAAACGGAGAAGGAGAGCUCAUCGACGCGAAGUCCUCCAACAAAGCCGACGUGAAGUUCACACUUGCACCCGAACACUUUGCGCCUCUUUUCAAUGGAAAAUUGCGGCCAACGACUGCAUUGAUGACAAAGAAGUUGAAAAUUUCCGGAGAUAUGCCGGGAGCGAUGAAGUUGGAAAGUCUUCUUCGCAAAUUCACUGAGGGAAAGCUAUAA